AUGUCUCAUCUCUUAUGGAGACAUAGAUAUAACAUUAAGGUCACCCGGACAGAAACCAGAGCACAAGAUGACAAGCCACCGCCCGCUGUGUCGCGGCUCUCUCCCCUCUCUCGCCCUGAGCACGCCGCUCGUGCCCGCUGUGUCGCCCGCCCCCUGUCGCUCGGCCCCGUGCGCUGCGCCCUGCGCGCCGCCGUCGAGUCGUCCCUUGCGCGUCGACUCGCGCUGCCGCUCCCCCCUCUCGUCGUCCCUCGCGCGUGCGCGCGUGCCCAGCUCGAGCGUCCAGCGCCCGCCAGACCCCCGCUCUCUCCCGCGCCUCUCCCCGCCCCCCGCGCUCGGCAGCGCUCCCCCACAGCGCGCCGCGCGCCCCUCUCGCCGCCUCGCUCGCCGCGCGCCCCCUCGCCGCGCCCCGCGCGCUCCUCUCUCCCCUCGCUUCGGCCCGCGCUCGUGCCACGCGCCCCGCGUCUCUCCCUCGCGCAGCCGCCGCCCCUCGCGCGCCCUCGCGCACAGCCUGCCCCUCUCGCGCACUGCCUCGCGCCGCGCGCACCGCGCUCGCCCGCCGAAUCUCCUGCUCUGCCCCUCUCUCGCCCUCCUCGCGCCGAUGCCCCUCUGCUUCUUCACUCGCGCGCCUGCGCGCCCCUCGCGUCGCCCGAGCCGCGCCGCCCCCCCGCUCGUCGCACCCGCUCCCCGCUCGCGCCCGUCGCGCGCCGCGCCACCCUCGCUCUCCCUCUGAUCGCCGCGCGCCCCUCGCGCGCCCGCCCUCGCAGCUCCCCCCGCUCACGCCCGCGCGCUCCCGCCCAACCUCGCCGCCGCGCGCCCCGCCUCGCCCGCGCGCCCCUGCUCCCCGCGCGCUCCCUCGCGCGCCGCUCCCCCCCGCGCUCGCCCUGCGCGCCCCUCGCGCUGCCCGCGGCUCUGUCCGCGGCGCCCCUCCGUCGCCCGCGCGCGUCCGGCUCUCCCCGCGCGCUGCCCUCCCGCCUCGCGCCCCUCGACCGUCCCGCGCGUCCCCGCGCGCUCCCGCUCGCGCAGCGCUCCCCUCGCGCGCCCGCGCUGCGUGCCCGGCGCGACGCCGCGACCGACUACCUCCCGCCGGUGCCACCACCAACACUACGCCUGCCCAUCACCGCCAAGCCCCCGAGUCCCUCCCACCUCCGAACUAACAGUGUCAUCCCAUAA